CUCCUCCCACUCUAUCCCUCUCUCUCUCCUCUUGCACAACAAACAAACACUUCAAUUAAAUUAUAAUAAUAGCCAUGGCGCCCAGGGAUAAGACGCCAGCUCUUAAGCCCAACAACGCCAACGCCGGGGCCAAGGAGCUGCAUUUUCGCGGAGUCAGGAAGAGGCCGUGGGGGAGAUACGCCGCCGAGAUCAGAGAUCCCGGUAAGAAGAGCCGCGUCUGGCUCGGCACCUUCGACACGGCCGAGGAGGCGGCGCGUGCCUACGACGCCGCCGCACGUGAGUUCCGCGGUCCCAAGGCCAAGACCAACUUCCCUCUCCCCUCCGAUAAUCUCAAGAACCAGAGCCCUAGCCAGAGCAGCACCGUCGAGUCCUCCAGCCGCGACCGCGACGUCGCCGCCGAUUCCUCCCCGCCGCUCGACCUCAAUCUCGCCCCCGCCUCCGCGCGUUUCCCCUUCCACCACCAAUUCCCGCCCAUCGCCGCCGUUUUCCCCGGCACGGUGCCUCCCUCGAACCAGGUCUUCUACUUCGACGCCGUCCUACGCGCCGGCAUGGGCGCUCCCCGCGGCUUUGCUUUCGGUUACAAUCAGCAUCCGGCGGCGGCGAGCGACUCGGACUCGUCCUCCGUGAUCGAUCUGAACCACAAUGAAGGCGAUGUUAAGGUCGCGGGUUCUAGAAUCUUGGAUCUCGACCUUAACCACCCUCCUCCCCAAGAGAUCGCAUGAUCCUCGAGAUAUUUUUUUUCAUUUUUUUUUCUUCUAAUUUUCGGAUUACGAAUUUCUCUUUAGUUUUUAGAAGUAGAGAAAAUAGCAGCGUCCGAUAACGAUAACGAAAAAUAACACGAUGGAAGAAGGGAUAUAGUAUGUGAAUACGUAGGCGGUUGUCUCUAUUUUUUGCGACAGUGAAACCACCAACCACCGGUACCGGUGGUUUCAAGCUGUUGUUCCAUAAAUCAGGAAAAACUGUUGUCCUGUUUUUAUUUGUUUUUCAUAUCAAAUAUUAAAUUAUAUAUGUAAGGUGUAAUGUUUUUGGUUUGCAGCCAUAAUUUGGUUUAAUGAAAUUAUAUAACUCUGAAAGUUUGCAAUA